CCGCUGGCCGUUACGGCGGCGCGGACUGAUGACGUAACCGAUGCUUCCGGUCCCUGACGCUCCCCACCCCCAGCUUAGCACAGCAUGAUCCGCUGGACCUCCAGCACCUUGCCUGAAAAAGACCACUUAACUUGGACGAACCCUUUGGCAGCCUCAGACCGUCCUUGAAGAGAAUGACUGAAACACUAUGGGCCAUGCACUGUGUGUCUGCUCUCGGGGAACUGUCAUCAUUGACAAUAAGCGCUACCUCUUCAUCCAGAAACUGGGGGAGGGUGGGUUCAGCUAUGUGGACCUAGUGGAGGGGUUACGUGAUGGACAGUUCUACGCCCUGAAGCGAAUCCUGUGUCAUGAGCAGCAGGACCGGGAGGAGGCCCAACGAGAAGCAGACAUGCACCGCCUCUUCCAUCACCCCAACAUCCUUCGCCUUGUGGCUUAUUGUCUGAGGGAGCGAGGCACUAAACAUGAGGCCUGGCUGCUGCUGCCCUUCUUCAAGAGAGGCACGCUGUGGAAUGAGAUAGAAAAGCUGAAAGACAAAGGCAACUUCCUAACUGAAGAGCAAAUCCUUCGGCUGUUGCUGGGUAUCUGCAGAGGCCUUGAGGCCAUUCAUGCCAAGGGUUAUGCCCACAGGGACCUGAAGCCCACAAACAUCUUGCUUGGAGAUGAGGGGCAGCCGGUUUUAAUGGACUUGGGUUCCAUGAAUCAAGCGUGCAUCCACGUGGAGGGCUCCCGCCAGGCUCUGGCCCUGCAGGACUGGGCAGCCCAGCGGUGCACCAUCUCCUACCGAGCCCCGGAGCUCUUUUCUGUGCAGAGCCACUGUGUCAUCGACGAGCGGACUGAUGUCUGGUCCCUAGGAUGCGUGCUCUAUGCCAUGAUGUUCGGGGAGGGCCCUUAUGACAUGGUGUUCCAGAAGGGUGACAGCGUGGCCCGCGUGCAGAACCAGCUCAGCGUCCCGCAGAGCCCCAGGCAUUCCUCAGCUUUGCGGCAGCUGCUGACCAUGAUGAUGACCGUGGACCCCCAGCAGCGCCCUCACAUUCCUUUCCUCCUGAGUCAGUUGGAGGCACUGCAGCCUCCUGCUCAGGGCCAGCACACUACCCAAAUCUGAACAAACCAGUGGCCGCGUUGAGAAGGUGGCCUCUGUGCCUUGGGAGAAACUUCCAUCCCUCAGUGGAGUCUCCAUCCUUUCUAUCCAGGACCCCUCUCUUGUGGUUGGGGCAGCCAGGGGUGGGGACCGUCAGCUCAGUCUUCUGCCUCUGUCUAUGCUCUGUUACCCCAAAGAGCAACACCUGGACAGGGGGCUUGACUGAGUGGGGGUGGAUAAGGGUCGGGGCUGGGGUAAGGGAAACUGAUAGAAUCUGGUAAAGGCUCUGCAGGUCUGCUGAGCUUAUAUCAUGAUAUGCCUCCAAAUCUGGGUGCAGGAGAAUGUAUCAAUAGAAGAAUAAAGUAAAAGCAGCCUGAUGUGA